UGUAUAAUCAUGUACCUCUACAUGUGUAAAAUAAUUUGUAUAAUUAUAUACCUGUACACGUGUAUAACAACGUACUUGUACAACUGUAUAAUAAUUUGUAUAGUUAUAUAUCUUUACGUGUGUAAUAAUGUCAACAACGAGAAUACAGUAUAUCUACAUACCUAUCUAUCAUGCGUAUAUAGUUUCCCCCUCCACCUCACCCUAACCUUAACACGAAUCUCAGCUCAACCCUUUCCACAGAUUGGUGGAACAGCACAUCAGCUGACGAGAAUUUUGACGUCGAUGGCUACCGAUCCGUCAGUGUUUAUCCGUACCCCAGUACCCGGUGCCCGAAAAUGACGUCACUAACUGGACCCGAGGGCAUCUGUCGGUCUCUUUGUCGAAGUGACGCCGACUGCUCUUAUUUACAGUAUUGUUGUCCGAACAGCUGUGGGAAAGUGUGCGUGGCUCCCCAGGUGUUUGAGACCGAGGCCUGUGGCUGUUCGGUGUCAUUUCUGCCUCAGUGGAGUGACGGAUAUCCUGAUGUUCGAUUUGCAAGGUUUCUAAAUUUCCUUUGGCGGGCUGUAAAGGGCAGAUUUUCAUCAUCAAUGGACGUGCACAUACUCGAUGAAACUUUCGAGACAACGAGAGUCGGGCCCGUCGAGACCUUUUGCCAACUUGAGAAACUGUUGCAAGUCGAUCUUGUGCACAAACCAGUUGAUCUCUUUACAAAACCUCGCAGGAAGUUAUUCAUCGUGGGCGAGGACCCCGAAUGGUUCGAAUACGUGCUCGACGUAGCGGCUGUGUCGGGAGCCUUCGAAUCCGUGUGCGCGAUUGUGGUCGGGGAAACUCAGCUGAACGAGAGUAUCCAGAACUCGUUCGUUUCCUCGGGUGAGCCUUGCGUGUGGCAAGUGGCUUUGUCUUCCCAGCUGAAUGACCUAGUGACAGAAGUUCAAGCCGUUAUUGAUGAUGGGGGAGGUUGUGCGUGUCUUGACGACGACGAGGAAGUCUCAAAGGGAUGUGCUGAUGUAGGCGAAAGGUGUAAAUACGACACAGACUGCGGACUUCGACGAAUCUGCGUGGGCGGAGUGUGCCAAGAGCGGCCGUGUUUCCAAACUGAAAUCUUCCAAGAAUAUUUUGCUGGAUAUGAUUAUUACGCUUACUACGAUUAUGGCUAUGAGUACUAUGAUUAUUACGAUUACUACGAUUUUGACUACGAGUACUAUGAUUAUUACGAAGACAAAACUAUUGAUUACGUGUCUUACAUGCUGUUCUACCACGCUUAUGACUAUUACCUUCAGGAGAGUGCAGGGAAUAGUCGUUCUAUGAGGAAAAAAGCUGGAGAUUUCAGUAAACUUAAGAAAAACAGUGUUAAGAGACACGGUGUUAAGAAAUCGAAGAAAGCUGUUGCAAGAAAUGCAAGAUUGUCUUCUUAUCCCAGUGAAACGGGUUGCUGUUUGUUCAGCGAAUUCACCUGCAGUGGUUUUCCUACUCUCUGCGUUCCCGGGUACUUCGUGUGCGAUGCCGAUGCUGACUGUAUGAAUGGCGAAGAUGACGCUCCCGAAGCCUGUCAGACACGUGUUUGUGGCGACGGGAAGUUCCGCUGCGCCUCGGGGCAAUGCAUCGACGCCUGGGAUGAGUGCGACGGCUUCAAGGACUGCCUCGACGGAUCCGACGAGCACUGCCAAAGCCACACCGACUGCCCUGCUGGCCGCCCUCACCUCUGCUCCUCCGGGGAAUGCAUCGGCUUCCGCUCCGUAUGUGACGGGAUUUCCGACUGCUACAGCUUAGAGGACGAGCUUCCCUGCGAGUGCAUUGGGUUCAGGUGUUCUUCUGGAGAAUGUCUUUCCGCCACGAUGGAGUGCGACGGCAAAGCCGACUGCUUCGAUGGAUCCGACGAACUGUGCGGCCUUCCCGGCGGGGGCCCGUGUCCGGACGCGCGGCCCGUGUCUUGCGCCGACGGAAGCUGCAUAGCCGAAUCCAGUGUUUGCGAUUCGAUCGCUAACUGUGCCGAUGGAUCGGACGAAGACGCCGAGGUCUGUUUGCCGGGAGAGUGCUUCCGCUGCGCCUCCGGGGAGUGCGUCCAUCCGGAGUACCGAUGCGAUGGCCUCGACGACUGCAAGGACGGCUCGGAUGAAAACGACUGCGCAUCCUUCUCUUGCAGCGAUGCUUCAUUCAAAUGCGCGUCGACUGGCGAGUGCCUGGGCGCGGGGGUCGUUUGCGACGGAAGAGAGGACUGUCGAGAUGGAAGCGACGAAGCUGGCUGUGCCGCGGCUCCCUGUCCGCAAAAACAGCCUUUUAAGUGCUCGUCAGGAGAAUGCGUCAGCUAUGCACAACUCUGCGACGGCGUGUACAACUGCAAGGACCGGAGCGACGAGAGCAAGUGUCAAAAUAACAUCUGCCCUCCUUUCAGCAGGUUCAAGUGUACUUCAGGACAGUGCAUAAGGUUCUCUGACGCUCGUUGUGACGGCGCCAUCGACUGCAUUGACCGCAGCGACGAAGUGAACUGCCAGAUCACUUGCUCACCUGAUGAGUUUGAGUGCGCUGCAGGGGGUUGCAUAAGCAGGACUCACGUGUGCAACGGCCUGAGAGAAUGUCGAGACGGAAGCGACGAGAACGAGUGCGACUUGUCGUUGCCGUGUCCGGAAGAUCGGUUCCGAUGUAAGGAGUCUGGAGAGUGCGUCCACGAGAAUAUUGUCUGCGACGGCGACUUCGACUGCGCAGACGGAAGCGACGAGACCGGCUGUCAAGAAGCUACGUGUCCAGAAGAUAGACCUUUUCACUGCGGUUCAGGAGAAUGUGUCCCGGAAUUUUAUGCGUGCGAUGGAUUCUUCGACUGCAAAGACGGUAGCGAUGAAGGCAACUGCAAGGAGUCCAGCGUUUGCGAUCGUCUUGAAAUACUAUGUAAGAGCGGCCAGUGUAUCGACUUAUGGCGUCGCUGCGACGGCGUCAGGGACUGCCGGGACGGGGACGACGAAGAGGACUGCCAGAACUUCGCCUGCGCCGCCUUCCGCCCCUUCCACUGCGGGUCGGGCGAGUGCCGACGCCCCUACUACCGAUGCGAUGGUUUCUACCAGUGCCAGGACGGGAGCGACGAGGCGGGCUGCGCCACCUUCACCUGCCCGGACCUCCGACCCUUCAAGUGCGCCAACGGAACCUGCAUCACGAUCUACCAAGUGUGCAACGGUCUCGAUGACUGCGGCGACGGCAGCGACGAACUCGGCUGCCAAGACUUUCAGUGCCCGGCCCAGACGUUCCAGUGCCCGGAGCGGAACUGCAUACCGACGUAUUACGUGUGUGACGACUACCCUGACUGUGACGCCGGUGACGAUGAACAGAAAUGCGAGGACCCGGAGCGGGACGCAGAUAUGGCGGGGCAAAAGCAAACGGGAUAAUGAUAAUGGCAGUGUUACAUAAGUAUGUUUAGUCUUAUAUCAAGGAGAUAAAAUUAAGAUAUAUAUAUCAAAGAUAGAUAGGAUUAAGAAUUAUAUACCUAAGAAACAGAAUUAAGAUAUACAUUAAAAUAGAGACAAGAUUAAGAUACACACCC